CACGACGUUUUUCACAUUUUUGUACGCCUCACACGAAAUCAAAACAGAGGAGUACCAAAAUGUGCCAGUAUUCUAACGACAAAAUCUCCAUUGUUUAUCUCCCGUAACUGAUUUCGUGUAGUUUUUAAUUAAAUUUAGGCCCCUUAAACCUGACUAAUAUGCGCUAACUACUGCCAGAGCGAUGAGGAUCAAGUUCAGAAGCAAGAAAAUGGACGAGAAGAAGAAGAAAACGCACAAAAUGGCCAAGAACGUCAAGUUGAAACAACAAACACCUCACAACAACAAAAACAAGCGAAUUCUCAUGGAGAGUGGCAGCAAUCACAGUCAUCUGAAGAGCAAUCUGGACCUUUUUCUAGCAAUCGAACACGGAAGUCUCGACGAAGUCAGCACGUUGUUGGAAAAGGAACGCAUUGACAUCAAUUGCAAGGGACCAUUGAAUUUGACGCCACUCGAGUGUGCCGUAUUGAAUAACAAUCGUUCCAUUGUUAAAUAUUUGCUGCAAAAGGGCGCGUCUGAGUCAAAUUGUUGUGAGGAAGUGAUAAAAGGCUUGAAAGAAGAGCUGAAAAAUAACAUCAGCGAUGGAAGAAGUGGAUUAUUGAAGCUUUCGGAUGAGACAGUGUCACAAAAAUUACUGUGGGAGAUCAAAAGAAAGAAUAUUCGGAAGGUUUUGCUUGGAUGGGAUCAGUUGAAGAAGCCAGAAAAGCCGAUUUUGUUCGUUGAACCUGUCAAUCAACGGUCUGUCGUUGUUUCCAUUAGUCUGAAGGAGAAUUGCCCGAUUAUUACAAAAGUUAAAGUUCAAUGGUCCCAAAGCCCAAUUUUCGACACGCUAAACGAACGAAUAUUCGCCGCCAAUCCACAAAAUUUCAAGUUUACCAUUCCCGAUCUCGAUCCGAGCGCCCGAUAUUUCUUCCGUGCCUUCAUCGGAAACAUCAAAGAAUGGAGCUCCGUAUCGAGUUUCUCCAUUUGCUGCUCCAGCUGGAAGAAAUCCGACCAAAAUGCACGCACAUUCGACAAACAAAAAGCGCAUCUUGACAAUUUGUGCACAAUUUUGCAAAAAAUCAACUUGCAUGCGAGCCAAGAUGUGACGGGAGACGUGAGUUACGACAAAAACAGCGGUGUGAUAAAGAAGAAAAAUGCGAUUCACUCGUUGUUUAAUUCCGUCGCACCUCACAAAUUAUCGCGGAACAUCAAAAAAGGUGUGUAUAUGGCGUGUUUGGUGUACUCGAGUCAUCGUGCGGUGUUCGUUGUGGACGAUAUGGUGCCGCUCGUGGAGGUUUGUGACACAGCGACGACAAUUGCACCCCCGGAUUUCCUCUGGAUGAUGAAAAUUUCGUAUUCGUGGUUCAAUUUGAAGCGGUUAAAGGUGAUUUUGCAGCAACGUGAGACGGGAAAUGCCAAUUGGGAGAUGCGGAAAAAGCUUUUGGGAGCAGUGAAGCAACUUCAGAACGUCUUGGGGGUGACGAAUUUGGGACAGCUGUACUAUAAGGAGACACAUGUGAGUGACGAGGCGACAGUUUUGACGUUUGUGCGACAAGAAGACCCCACAGAAAGUCCCUUGAGUGUCAGCGGGAAGUGGUUGACGCUGGAUAAAUGUCAGAAAAAUCAACAAUUGACCUCGUUAAACAUCGAAGACUUGAUUAAAUUUCACGAUAACGCAAAAAUCGAGCUCAGUAAUGGGCUUUAUUUGGGUUAUUUGUCGCUGAAAAGCUCUCUAAACUCCCUUUAUGUGAUGACAUCAAAAGCCAACAUCUUGCCACACUGCAAAAUCCGACAAAAUUCCUACGUGUGUGCCGAAGAAUGGGAAAUUAUCAGUCAAAACAAGGUUUCGGGCAUCAACAAGUCCUAUCUAACCGAAAUUCAGCUCAAAUUCUUGCAAGAUCUCCAAAUGGCGGUAAGCGAACUGCUAAAAACGCUCAAUGGUCAAGCCGAUCUCACGGAUUUACGGUUUUAUUCGCUGGAAGUCGUCGAAAUUAACGAAAAUGUCAGUUUCAUAAUCGUUUGUCCGCAAGCCGAGAAAUUUUGUCAAGUCAUAAACUCGAAAGAUGAGCUCUCGUUGUGCAACGAACGAUCGACUUACAUCCCCCUGAAGGUUUUUGAGCUUUUACAUACGUCGCUGUACCAAGGAGAGAUUGCGAAUAAAUAUUACGAACUCUCGUGCACACUGGAUCUCGAAAUUCAACUUGCAACGCAGUCAAGCAGGGAAGCACUUUCGACGGCGGAAAUCGAACAAACGCGCACAAAGCUCAAUAAAUUGCAAGAAGUCGCGGAAUCGUGCAAAGAAUUCUGGAAAAAUAUAAAUUGGCUCGGGAAUUUGGUGAAAUUUGCACAAAAUAAGGAUUCGGUGAAGGAACCAACGCUGCGGAAUAUUUUGGAGUUUAAAAAAUUGAGUGACGCGUCGCCGCAUAAACGAACUCCGGUGAAAUCGCAGGCAAAUACGAGUUCGCAAAGCACGUCGUCUGCCACGGAAACGAGUAUUGUGCAAGUUUAUGCGGCUUAUGACACGGGAUUGCCCAGCGGGACGAGUUUAAAGUUGAGAGUGACGCCACAAACGACGUGUCGCGAGGUGAUUGACUUGGUUGUGAAGCAGCUCAAUAUGGCAGUUGUGCUAAAAGGCAAAGAAGGUCCAAUUUACAGCAGCGAAGAGCUCCAAAAUUUCUGCCUGGUCGCCAUUAUCGGUGCUCGCGAACGUUGUUUGCGCGACGAAUUUCGUCUUUUGCAACUGCAGAAUCCCUUCAAGAAGGGAACCCUCUAUGUCAGACAAAAGCAUGAUCUCUUAGCAGCAAUCGAACAUUCCAACCAUCAAACAGCAAUAUAAUGAUAUUCAACGUAAUUUUAAGCAAAAAACUGAUUUUAAGCAACAAAAAAAGACAAACUAGCUUUAAGUAGAAAAUAAUUAUUUUUUUUUUGGGUGAAAUGUCUUCCUUUGUAAAUAUUUUUUAAGAGGAUACCUUGUACUUUUUUAUAGAAAUAUUUUUAUACAA